AUGAUGAUGUGAUUAACAUGUCUAUAGCUAUUUCUAAGUUAUAUUAAUUAAGUACCAACAUCCACAUUUAUGUACCAAUCCCGCUGUUCCGAUUUGAUAUAGAAUUAAGUAAAACUAAUAUUGAAAAAGGCUAAGGAUAACGUGAAUAUCAGAGAACGGUCACUUUAUGAUAAAAGAGAGAAACAGAGAGACAUUGUAAAAAGCACGCUAACAUAAAAUUAAAAAUAAAGUGAAAUAAAAAGAAUUAAAACUACGAUAACAACUUCAGAAGUGGGAUAGACACCAUUUAAACAUCCGCCUACAUAAACAUUGUUGGCUAUCCGAAGACGCACAAGUUUUUUUUUCCUAUAAUUGCGUUUUGGCGAGUGACUCCAAAUUGGAAUGGACAAGGCGAAUAUUGUAGAGUGGCUUCAAGCCAAUGAAAUCAGGUUUCCAGGAAGUGCAACUUUAAGACAACUGCGCAAGCUUGCAUUGGAUGCCGGUUGCCAGGAUGCGGCUAAUAUCCCAGAAAGCCUAUUGGAGGAAGAAGAUGCCAAAAUUGAGGUUGUAAGCCAGCGGAGCGCUAGCGAAGACAUCGACGAAUUAGAAGAAGAAGAAGCACUACUUGACGCCGCCAUAAGGGUAGCUAAGAAGAAGAAGAUACUGGCCGAAUUAAUGCGAAAUGACAGCAAGACUACAGAUGACAUUCGUAUGGUGAAACAGCUCAUGAUUCCGUUUUCUGCCACUGAAAAUGAGGAAGCCUUUAAGUGGAUUUUGGAUUUUGAGAGAAUCUGCAGAGAUGUUAACGAGUGUAAAAAUUUCCAAUUACGCUGCGUACGAAUGCUGAUGAAACCGGGAACAGAUGCCGACUUGUUCUUGCGUGUUGACCAAUCGAAUACUUAUGACGCAUUUAAAGAGAACUUUAUAAAAACAUUUGGUCGUGGUAGUUCAACUGCUGACAUCGUAUUGCUGUUAAAGGAGACCAUUUUCAACCCGCUGAAAAACACUGUUAUGGGAUACAUACUUCUUAUGGAGGAAAUUGCUAUGCGUGCUAGCAUCGAAGAAAAAUUGACAGUUCAGCUUAUAAUUGAUGGUUUUCGCGAUCGUUCAGCCAAUAUCGCCCUAUUGUACACAGCAACAACAAUCGAAAAAUUGAAGGAGUUGGCACGGAAGUAUGAAAAUCUAACAAAGAAGUCCCAACAUUUUUCCCUCCGCUCAGAAAACACUAGAAAAGAUCGGAACACAAUCCGUUGCUACAAUUGUUCUGCUUAUGGGCAUUACGCUUCGUCGUGCACUGCGCCGAAGCGCGAGAAGAAUUCCUGCUUCCGCUGUGGAUCGCUCCAGCACAUGCUAAAGGAUUGCCAACAGAAGCCAGCAAGUAACCCAAAAAUGGUGGGAGCAGCCCACAACCAGCCGGUACGGGAUGACGAAGAGGAGCCAAAUAUGUUUAUUCCGAUUAUUAACCAGCGCCAUUAAUUUAAUUCAACACGCUGCCAUUCCUUAUAAAAACAUUAGCGAUGUAUUGUUUCCGACUGACUAUUGUGGAGUUAAUGGAUUUAAGAUUAAAACUUUCGGAAAAAUA